AAAAUAAAUAUGGAGGAAACUGGACACCGUUGGGCCGGAGAGGAUCGGGGAGUGGUGGUCUUUUUAGGAGUAAUUUUUAAUUUUUUACUUGCUUGCCAAAAAAUUAAUAAAUAGUACUACGUAAAUAAAAAAAUAAAAUGGAAGGAAAAAAGAAAAAGAAAAAGAGAAAGACCUAUCGGCCUAAAUUCGGUGCAAGUCAUUUUACGCUGUAGAGCUCUGCGCUCACUCCGUCUUCCCUGCUCUCAUUUUGAGGUUUUUGCUAGUGUGGUGUUUCCUCUCUCUCUCUCACGGCCUCUUUUUCUUGGUCUUCAAAUUUCAGAAUAUUCGAUCGAAAAUUUAAGUUGGAUUCCUCUCUGUUGGUGUCAAUAGGGAUAGCGUAGCAAGACUGAGACCGUAAUCGCCAGAUAGCACGAGUGAGCAUCAUCCACCAAAGCUGCACUGCUUGAGGUUGCUUCUGAAAACAUUGAUCUUGCUUAGUUGCAAAAGUUGUAUGCGGGAGUCUGCACUCCAACAGUUUGACUCUUGGUCUCACAGACUUUCCCACAAAGAUGCAUCGAGGUUCAAUGUUCUUGCGAUUACACCAAUCUUUUGAGUCUUCUCUUCUUGAUAAAAGCAACACCUGUGAAGUCUUUUCUCCAUCCCCAUUUAAAAAAUCAGGUUACAUGUGGGUUCCAAUCAUGCACAAAACCAGUGGAGGAAGGAGACCCAAGAAGAAGACCUAUUACAGAGUGCACGAACUUGACAGAGUCAUGGACCUCCAGAAGAAACCAUCUUUGAUUCUACAGCUAAAAUCCAUCAUUCAGUCCCAGAAAAGCCAAUCUCUUCCCCUCAGAGAUCUUGAAAAAGAAGUUGGCUUCGUUCAGAAAUGGAAUUUCAUGGCUGUAAUUGAGAAGUACCCUACAAUUUUUCAUGUCAGUGGUGGUAACAGAAUGCCACCUACUGUAUUGCUUACAGAAAAAGCCAAAAAGAUUGCAGCAGAAGAAGUUGAUGCUAGAAACCAAAUGGAACCCAUUUUAGUUAAGAACCUAAGGAAGUUGCUAAUGAUGUCAGUUGAAUGUCGGGUUCCGCUAGAAACCAUUGAACUAGUUCAGUCUGAAUUGGGUCUGCCAAGCGACUUCAAGGAUACAUUGAUUCCCAAGUACCCAGAAUAUUUUUCAGUGAGAGAUGUCAAUGGGAGGGCUCAUCUUCAUUUGGAAAAUUGGGAUUCAAGUCUAGCAAUAACUGCACGCGAGGAAAGGUUGGCGCGUGAGGGGAUAUUGAACUCCAGUGGGUAUUCAAAGAGGACAAGAAUCUCGAAAGAUGGUAACUUUUCAGGUCCAUUUGCAUUUCGCUUGACUUUUCCUGCUGGUUUUAGACCAAAUAUGAGUUACCUUGAAGAAGUUCGGAGGUGGCAGAAAUUGGAAUGCCCUUCUCCAUACUUGAAUGCAAGGAGAUUCGAAGCUGCCGAUCCAAAGGCUCGGAAACGAAUGGUGGCAGUGCUGCAUGAGCUCCUAAGUUUGACUAUGGAGAAGAGGAUGACAUCUGCCCAGCUCGGGGCAUUUCAUAUGGAGUUCAGGUUACCAGCUAGACUAUUGCUUUGUUUAAUCAAGUAUCAUGGUAUUUUUUACAUCACUAAUAAAGGUGCAAGAAGUACUGUAUUCUUGAAGGAAUCUUAUGACGGGACAAAUUUGAUUGAAAAAUGUCCUUUGUUGGUGUUUAGGGAUAAAUUUGUAGCGCUAUGCGGUAGGAGAGAUACCCAUUCAUGUAUUGGCAUUCCUUCAUAAAAGAUUGUUACAUGACAUUGUCAUUUGAUAAUUUAAAAACAAUAAUAAAAAAGCUUCUAGAUUGCACUCCUGCAAUACCAUUGGACACCUACUGAUGGCUUAUUUCUAUAUAUUUUGAAGUU